ACUCUGAGACGGAAACAGGCAGAGAAGGAGAUACGAAUAAAGAAAGAAGGAUAAAGGGAAUACUAAAUAACACCCUAGAAGACUGCUUGUACACCUGCAGAAACAGAUAUAUAACAACAGUGUUACUGAAAAUACAUGGUACUAAUAAAUGCAAAAUGUAUUUACUGGCAUAUGCAUCUCAAAAUAGAGUAUUUCUCUAUGUGUGAGUGUGCUUGUGUCUAUAAGGUUUCUCCAUAAGAAUAUUAAAUAGUGGGUUUGAGGAGCCACAGACCUGGCCCCAGGACCUGAGACACAAAGGAGAUUGGAGCCAUAAACAUCCAAAGGCCCCCCAGAGCACAGGAACACUGGGAGGACCACUGCCGGGACACCUGCACCUUCCCCCAGAGGAGAGCCACAGUGCCUGGAACUGCACCAACAAGCCCACGGGCCCUGUCGCAGCCGGCUACGCUGGAGCAAAUCCAGCCAUGGACCCAGAGACCCGAGGGCGCACCAGCCCCUAGCAGAGGCCCGACAGAGCCAGAGGGUCCAGGGCCCGCCAAGCAGCCAUCAGGUGUAAGGUUGCACACACCAAAGCACCCAGCCCCGGAUACAGAGAACCACCAACACACCGGCGGGCAGACACAGCAGCCACCGGCAGGGGCCUUAGAAUGAUCCAGGACGGGGUGCAAAUGCGUACACAUAAAAACACUCACACCCACACCCCUAACAUAAAGACACAACAAUUCACACUCCCCAUACACUCUGUAUCCCCAGGUUCAGGUACCAAUACCCCAGAAGGACAACCAGCCUCUGGACCCAGGAGGUCGUCCCCUUGGUAGCCACGACAGCUACCGAGCUACCAGUCCAGACUAUGCCCGGAUGAUCACGGCCCCCAAUGACCCCUGCUCCUAUCCAGAAAGGGGUCCUCGAACAAAGUAGGAGUGGGCCACCCCAUCCAAACGAGCCCGCCAACCAUAGCUGCCCCAGGAAUAAACGGACCCAACUCCUCAAUGAAUUCCAAUCUCAACCCCAUGAAUCUCCCACCCCCGUGAACCCCAACAUGAAACAUGAAUUUCCCCACAGGGCCCGUCCCAAACCAGGACACAGAUAUAGAACACAUUUCCCUGAACUCAAAUGCCUAAAGCCGAUGAAGACACAUCCAUACAGCGCGAGCUCCGCUAACAGCCCUGCCGAAUCCCGCCCCUACCACACAACUGCCUGCGGCUGCAAGGCAACGGCCCCCCACAGAACAUGACCACCUACAGGAUCAUGUUUGGAAAGAGGAGGUUUUCUCUGACCAGCAGCUCUGUAAACAGGAGAGGAAUUCCAGUUUGGACCAGGAGGAACCAGAACCUUUGCAGAUAAAAGACGAACCAGUACAUCCCUGGACAGAAGGGGGAGAUAUGGACCUCUAUAUAAGUAAGCCUGAAGAGCAGUUUGUACUGAAGCAGGAGACUGCAGAUCCAUUUAUGGUGAUUCCUUCUCAUGUGGUAGAGUACUACAUUGAACCAGAACCAAUCGGACACCAAGUCCUCUCUCAGGAUCUUUGUAAAACUGAGAACCAGGAUCAAGAAGGAAACCAUCAAAAAGAUUCUAGAUUAAACCCAGAUAAUGAGCCAAAACAAGAUGAUAGAUGUCAGAAAACCAUAAUGCAAAAAAACUGUGUUAACAAUUCAGAACCCAAAAGACACAAGAAAACUCACACUAACAACUUGUAUUCUUGUAAAAUUUGUGGUGACUUUUUUUCUCAAAAUAGUAACUUGGCUCUACACAUGAAAACUCACACAGGUCAGAGGCCCUUUUUAUGUCUGUUUUGUGGAAAAAGCUUCACUACAAAAUAUGUUUUUAAUAGCCACGUUAGAAUUCACACAGGUGAGAAGCCUUUCUCUUGUGAGACGUGUGGAAAAGGCUUUACUCAAAAAUGUCAUUUGACUUAUCACAUGAGAACUCACACAGAUGAAAGGCCUUUUCCUUGUAAUACCUGUAAAAGAACCUUUAGAACAGACGCUUCAUUGAAUAAACACAGGAGAACUCACACAGGUGAGAGGCCAUUUUUGUGCCGGAUCUGUGGAAAAGCAUUCUGUGAAAUUAAAACCUUAAAAGCUCAUUUCAUAACUCACACAAUGGAGGAGCGUUUUCCGCAUAUGACAUGUGGAAAAAUAUUUAAAAAAAAAGCUUAUGUAACAGUUCACAUGGGAACUCACAAAGGUGGGAAGCCUUUCAGAUGUCUGUCCUGUGGAAAAAGCUUCACAAAAAAAUAUGUUUUUAAUAGGCACGUUAGAAUUCACACAGGUGAGAGGCCUUUCUCUUGUGCGAUUUGUGGCAAAAAUUUUACUCAAAAAUGUCAUUUGACUUAUCACAUGAGAACUCACACAGAUGAAAGGCCUUAUCCUUGUAAUACCUGUGAAAAAACAUUCAAAUCAAAAUAUUUUUUGGAUCAACAUGUGAAAACUCAUACAGCUGAGAGGCCUUUCUUAUGUCUGGACUGUGGAAAAGGCUUCACUAAGAAAUCUAGCUUUAAUGUGCAUGUCAGGAUUCACACAGGUGAGAAGCCUUUCUCUUGUGUGAUUUGUGGCAAAGGUUUCAACCAAAAAAGUCAUUUGAUUUCUCACAUGAGAACUCAUACAGCCGAAAAGCCUUUUCCCUGCAAUACCUGUGAAAAAAACUUCAGAUCUAAAAGUUAUUUGGACCAACAUAUGAGAACUCAUACAGCUGAGAGGCCUUUCUUAUGUCUGGACUGUGGAAAAAGCUUCACUAAGAAAUCUAGCUUUAUUGUGCAUGUCAGGAUUCACACGGGUGAGAAGCCUUUCUCUUGUACUAUUUGUGGCAAAGGUUUUACCCAAAAAUGUAAUUUGACUUGUCACAUGAGAACUCACACAGAUGAGAAGCAUUUUUCCUCUAAUACCUGUGAAAAAACCUUCGGAAGAAAGGAAUAAUUGAAUGAACACAUGAUAGCUUACACAGGUGAGAAGCCCUUUUUGUGUGUGACCUGUGGAAAACAGUUUACAGGAAGUUACAGAUGAAUUAAUCACAUGAAAACUCACAUAGGUGAGAAGCUCUUUUUUGUGUCUGAUCUGUGGAAAAGCAUUUUGCCAAAGUUGACUUCAUAACUCGCAAAUAUGAAGGCUUCUCCAUAUAUGACUUGGGAAAAGUUACAGUAAAAAGACAGAUUUAAUACUUUACAUGAGAACUCACACAGAACUCACACUGGUGAGAAUCGAUAGGAAUGCACCGAUCGAUUCUCAGAAUACACCUUUCCAGGUAUGUAAAAAAAAAAAGUCCAUGUGAAAACUCCUUUUACUCAUCACAUGAGAACAUUCAGAGGUAAAAGGCUUUCUCCUUGCGAUGUUUGGAGAACGAAUAGGGAAAAAGGGAGAGAGUUGGGUAAAAAGUUAAAAGGGAGAAAAGGAGAUAAGAAAACAGAAACGGAAAAAAGAUAAUAUGAAAAUACAAGAUUAUUCCUUAGAAGUCUUUUUUUUUUGUGACUGCAGAAAGAGACAGGUAUGACAUGAAGCAAUUGCAGCCACAGACAUCCAAAGGCCCCCUGGAGCGCAGGAUAAAAUGUUAUAUAAAAAAAACAGAUUUAACCCUUAACCGAGAACUCACAACAGUGACCAGGUAGAAGAAUGCACAUGAGAGACCUUUUCCAUGUAUGACCCAUGAAAAAAUGUCCCUCUAAAAAUGCCUUUACCCCAUUGCCUGAGAAAAUUCACAGGUUAAAGGCCUUUAAAGGUGAUGUUUGGAGAAAAUGUUUGUUCUGUUGCUGUCAUUUGGCUUAAAAUUGAAAUUAUUGCUGAUCAGUUUGAACAUGCUUUGACUUGGUACAAAGGCUUUUGAAUUAAUAAUUGAAGUGCAUUUAUAGAAAUAUAACACUCGUCUAGAAGUUCAAACUUUCAACUUUAUUAGUAUUUUUCUAAUGGGAAAUUUACCAUGAACUAAUUUUAAUGCUGUUCUUGAUUCUGCAAAUGUGCUGUUUACCUGCUAAAAUUAAAGGAAAUGAUUCUUUUGUUUUUAUUACGUUUUUUAUUGUAAUAUUUUCUGCUGUGGCUGUUUUCCAUUAAUGUCAUCACUGUUUGAUUGAUAAACCAAACAGCAAUAAAAAAUGUUUUAAAACACA